AUGGAGAGGCUCCGGAAGGUGUGGAGGGGCCGCACGAUGACCUUCGGGGUCCCUCUGUUGCUGUAUCUUGUUGGAGGAUCUUUUGGACUCCGUGAAUUUGCUCAAAUAAGAUACGAUGUCCAAAAACUACAUGGCAAGGUUGAUCCAGCUUUGAAAGAAAAAUUAAAACAGAACACUGUGACAUUGGAAUCUGAAUAUGAGAAGCUGGAAAAGUCUGACUUGGAUAACUGGGAGAACAUCAGAGGACCUCGUCUGUGGGAAGAUUCCAGGACUGUUCAGAAGCAACGGCGGGAGGCUGCCCAUCUCAAGACAGAGUGACUGAGCAAGCCUACUUUGGUGC